GGCAAGGCUAUGGCUAAGGAUAUCGGCGCCGUUAAGUACUUGGAGUGCUCAGCCCUCACACGGAAAGGCCUUACGAAUGUGUUCGAUGAGGCCAUACGUGCCGUUCUAUGCCCUCAGGUCAAGACGGAUCAAGUGAUCCAAGACGUGGUCCACCAAAAUAAACACUAUAACGUGGUCUUGGAUGUCGGGUGCGGAACGGGAUAUAUGACGGAACACUUGUCCAAAUCCCUGGCCUAUGGGCACCGUGUGAUUGGCGUGAAUAUCGACCCGCAGAUGAUAUCCUACGCCCAACUGAACCACAAAACCGAUUCAACCGAGUAUUUGGUUCAAGACAUGAGUGUCCCGUGGGAUGGGUUGAGUGCACCCAUUAGGGAACUGGAGUCUCGGGUGGACCUUAUUGUGUCUAAUAUGGCGUUUCAGUGGAUUUACCCGAAAAGCCCUUCAGAGGCAAUGAAAAUAUUUAAUAGGCUUUUGACAAAAUCGGGUCAAAUUAUAGCCACAUUUGGGGUGAAUCCCGAUUUCUUUGCUUUUUUGACGGACCAACAGAAACGCGAAUACGAUCUGAACGGACAGACCCUAUCCGAGGAACUACAGGUCCAGGACUGGAGGGAUGCCUGCGCUGAGUCGGGCUUUGCUAUUAAAAAGCUACGCCUCGUGACCGAGGUUUGGCACUUGAAACGCCAGGAGCUGAUCGCCAUAAUUCCCGAGAUUUACGAGCUUUUUACUGCAAUGACUGAGGCAAAGGCGCCGAUAGGUUCACGAAAAUAUGAGUUCCUCAGGAAUAUAGCAUUAGACCCGUUCGUGACUGAGAGGUCCGACCGACUCAACCCUAACGUCUACAAUGAGUUUAUCGCCGACCAGUCCAUCGGGAAAAUAGACUUCAAUAUCCGCGAAAUGCAACUCAUUUCUUGCAAACAAUAA